UAAUUGUAUAGGACAAUGGAAAUCGAAUAACUGAAUUGUAGAUAAGCACUUUGUGCAUACAUAUGUGAGUGUGUGUGUGUGUGUGUUGGUAUACGACGUGUAUACGCGUCAGUGUGACUACCAAUGACCAGAUUAAUUUCUACUUAAUAAUGCAUAAAUUAGCUCAACUAGACAUUAAUUCAGUCUGGCUGUAACAGUUUUUGUCACAUAAAAAUAAAUGUGGUGAUAAAAUUUUGGAAAUUACACAUCUUAUAAUUAUGAUGUUUACCAGAAGAAUUGCUCAGAUUGGAUUGAGUACUAUUAUACUUGUGUUAUUGAUCCGUAACACAGAGGAAUUUUGGCGAGAAGACAAUUUACCGUGUAAAAAUCUUGGCAAUUUUUGUCGUAAAUUACCUUUUGGCCAACGAUGCUGUGAUACAUCAGUGUGUGAUUUAAAAGCACCAUUUUCUGGUACUUGUGUACGAUGUUUACAAAAAGGCAGAUUUUGUUUACGAAGUCGUGAAUGCUGUGACAAUUACUGUUUCUUCUUUAAAUGUCGUUAAUUUUGAUAAAGUUGGAAAUGCGAAUUUUUCGAUUGAAAAUUAGUCAUUUUUCUUGUCAUUUUUGUGCUUUUUGGAACUGAUAUAAAUGGAAAUUAUUUUCACUUGUAUUUAAUUAUUAUUAUCUCUUUGUUCUUCAAAGUGUACAUUCGUAUAAACAGUGUGUUAUGUAAAUGCUGUCAGUGGAAUGCAGUUUUCAACAAUAAAUACCCUAAUAAUGAG